UGGAGCGAUUACUGUGGUCUAGAUUUGCACUCUGAACAUUCUGGAAGUUCUCACUCAAUGGCCUUUAAUAACAUAAAUACACUUUGAAGUCGUGUGUCAGUACUUUCUGUUAUUGCCGUUUUAUUUGAUUCGAUCAUUUGUGAUUUAGUCUUGUGAUGUGGUUUAUGAUGUGCUGAAGCGGAACGUGUUCGUGAUGUCCGAACAGGCGGUUCUGACGGUGCGUCUGGUUCGGUCUUUUGAGCAUCGCAACUUUAAACCUGUGGUUUUCAAAGGCGUCAGUUUAGACCAGACGGUGGAAGAGUUUAUUUCGUUUGUUAAGCAAGACGUUUCGACUAGAGCUGGUUUGCCUCCACCCUUCAAGAAAUUUGACUAUGACACAAUGAAAAUCAUUCAUCAGGCACAUGGAGCAAAGACAAAUGAGCUUGUAAUGAGUUUAGAGGAUGAUGAGAAGUUGAUUCUGCGUGGUGGCAGCAGGUUACGAGCGUGUGAUGUUGCCAAUGAGACAGAACUGGCUUUCUUCAGAAUGGAAGACUAUGAAAAGUUCAAGGCCAGUCCCCAGACGGCAUGGUGAUGAUGAACAAGAUGUGACACUAGAGUUCUUGGGAGUAUUAAUUUACCAUACACAGUACACACAUCUGUUCUGUUGUAAUGAACAAAUUAUCUAUUUUAAUUUCAUGUUGAACUUGACUUAAGUUUUUAUAAUGCAGUUUUUCUAUUUUGAGGACAACUGAUUUAUUGUUGUCAGAGUAAUUCAUUGCUUUGGGAAUAAUAUUAACUGCACCAGAUAACUUGUUUUAUUUAAAUGACACCUUGGAAGUGAAUCAGAGGUGGUAAUUGUCAUUGUUUUUUGUUAAAUAAAGUUUAGGCAUGAAUUAUGCUCUC